CUCAUGAAAGACAGUCUCUAUAAGAACAUCAGGGCAGUGAUGACUUAAUCGAAGCAUCUCCGGGCUGAGGUUAUGCGUGGGCUGGCUGGUGUGAUGGAUCGGAUCUCUACACCGAGGCUGAAGCUGAAGCUGCUGAAUGCGUUUCUGCUCAUGUCUACCAACAUCAUCUGUUCUGCACGGAAACUCUAUCACAGGUGACCAUGAUCUUCAGCUGUGUGAAUGAUUACCUGUUCACUAUUAACUGCACCCUGAGGAUUGCACCAUCACUAAACACCUCACGCAGCAACAGCUCCUAUUGGCUCACUGUCACACACACAUUUGAAAAAGAUACAUUUGUGUGUGCGCUGACAAACACCAAUGGGGAUUAUUUCUGCUCUGUUAAAACAUCUGAUCCGAUGCCAGACGAUUCUGAUUAUUUUCCUGUCAGCUAUACGACUUUAGAUACCUACGAAAUCGCACUAUGUCACAACCAAGAAGACGGAUCUGAAACCUGCGAGGUGCUGGACAGUCAAUAUACACCUUUUACAAACAUUAGACCAAACGCACCGUGCUGCCUCACAGUUAGCCACAACUCCAGUCAACACCACUUCACCUGGAAAAACACCUAUGAAAAAUAUUUCACCAGCCUGGCUGAGGAGUUCAAGUAUCAGCUCCAAUACUUCAAAAGAGGAGUCAAACAUAACAACAACACUGAGGUAGUAUCACAUGAUAUUACCACAGCUCCAACAGUCUACUCUGUGGAUGAUCAGAUGUUUGUGCCAGGCACUGAGUACGCUGCCAGAGUACGGUCCAGUCCUAAUUUGGUUUUUUAUAAAGGACAAUGGAGUGACUGGUCCUCUGAGGUUCACUGGAAGAUAGAGUCAGCCAUGACUGCCACUAGCUCAACAAAAACAUUUGUUUCUGAGCUAGGAAAGGUGUUCAUCUCCUUGUGUGUGAUGGUGCCACUCAUCUUACUUUUGUGCUAUGCUCCUAUGAAAAAAUGGAGACAAAAUGCCUUUAUACCAACUCCAGCACCCUAUUUCCACACUCUGUACACUGACUGCCAAGGAGAUUUCAAGAGCUGGGUGGUUACAAAAGAAAACACGACAGACAUGUUGAAAGCAGAGGCAACGCUUCAAAUCGACACCCUGACCAAGUGCGCAGAUGUCCCAGAGGAAGACCGUCAUACCCAUUUUCACCACCAGCUGAUGGAGGGCAGUUCAUACAGUAACAUCAUUGAGCCAGUCUGUGAUAAUUCUCUCCUGGGGAUCCCUUACGCUGUGAGCACCAUGGCUCCACUGGCAGCUCCAGAGAGCUCGCUUAAGAGUCUGGCCCUCAGCUCUCAGUCAGGGAGCCCUGCUGAAGGAGACUCAGGGUGUUGGCUCUGCAGUGACACAUCGUUGGAGAAGGACUCUCCGUGGUACUGUAAUGAGUACUGCACCCUGAGCACCUUCCAGCAGAGUAGUCCAGUCACGGCAGCGCACCAUGGGAGCUUGUCAAUAACAUCUUGCCCACAAGGGAUUAUUGGGGUGGAUGCCAUUGGGGAAGAAUAAAAUUAUGUUUAUGUGUAGUAACUGGACAGUAAAAUAAUGUUUAAAUAGCAUUCAACUACACAUUAACACAUGAAAAUGUAAUGUCUCAUAACACUCCAGCCUCCGCUGGCUGCAACAGACAACUACUGUAAAUACUUUACUUGUAUUUCCACAGUACUGCAGUAUUUAGCCGUUAUGAUAUUAACCAGAUGAUACUUAUAUUUCUAUAAUGUUUCCACAGCAUUAUGCAAAAUAAAGGAUAUAACUGCAUCACCUUUUGCUUGCAUCACAUGUAACGAACCUAGAAAGAAGUUGUUUUCAGAAAGACUUGAGAAAAAAAAUGGACCAAUUUUCUAUGCAAAGUUUGCUUUGAUUCUGAAACCGAAUAUGACCUUGAUGUAUAGUUGAAUCAUUUAAUAAAGAAAAGGCAAAGGU